GGAAGAAGGUGUUGCUUCUGUUGCCGCUUGAGUGUGUGAGGAAACUUACAGGACACAGCUUCACACAGUUGCAAGCAGGUUUUUCAUUGAGAUUCAAACCAGGUUUUCUACAUUAUUCAGGUGACGGUGUGGAGAUGCAGCCCAGCAGCAGUGGAACUGCCCCUCAGAGGAUGCAGGGGUCAUGGACCACCCUGUUGAGCCACCUCACUGAAAACCCAGAUGCGGUGCAGGUGAUGAAGACCAGACUGCUGCAGUACCUGGGCAGCCAUCCUUUCUUGACCCUCACGUUGAUGCUGUUCGGCGCCAUGGCUGCGGUGCCUGUUGGACUUUUCCUCAUCUUUGCUCUUGUCACCACGAUUAUGUCAGCAGUAGGUUUUGUUUUCUUUGAGGUGUUCCUGUUGUUUGUGGCAGGGUUGACUCUGCUGUGCGUCCUCUGUGGCCUCGCCUUCUUCUCUGUCACAGUUUCACUCAUCCUAAAUGCUUUUCAUAUUUCCCUCUCCAACGUCCUCAAGUAUUACCCAAAACUGCCCCAGCAGGUUAACGUCCAGGAGAAGGAGACGGAUUCCAAAACUCAAGACUGAAGGACACACAGACGCUCUCUUCCUCUCCUCUCUAUUUUCUUCCUUGAAAUAUGCAGGAGCCUUGAAUCCGCACCACUGAAGCUCCAUGGUUUGGAUUCAGAGAACAGAGAUGCUUGAAUGUGUGGUUACUUGAUUCUGGGAUCUGCUGUUGUAAAUGGAUUUUCCAAGCACAAAUUCUUACUGAAUGUUACUGAAUAUUUUAUCAGUGUAAUAUCUUAAACAGGAAGUCUAAUGAUCUUAUAUAUAUAUAUAUUUAUAUAUUUCAAUGGUUUUAUAAUGUCUACAUGAAAAACUACAAACAUGAAAAAUUAGUGCCUAAUUAGCCAGUAGGCAGUUAGUCUGAUCUGGACAUACACUAACUAUCUCGUGAUGGCAGCUCUUAAAGGAAAAAGCCAAUUUAAAUGCACUACAAAACUUGCCUCUUCCCUGACCCACAUCACAUAUUUCCACAAAGUUUCGUGGCAAUCCAUCCGGUAGUUUUGAUGUAAUGCUGCUGACUAACGAACAAAUCACAAAACGUGAUAAAAACAUGUUACAUGAUUGUUUGCUGUUACCUCUCAAAUGUUUUGCAUCUGUAGAGCAGCGUUGAAUAAAAGCUCAUCAGAAUGAAAGUGUUCCCUGGUUUUCUGUCAAAACAUCUUGGCAAUAAAAUAGUAAAGGACACAAAACAUCGUACUCAUGGCAACUGAAUGUUUUCAAUCAUACA